UACCUGGUGAACUGUGAUAAGAUUCCCACCAUGCCUGUCAUCACAUUCAACCUGGGAGGACAGCCCUACAGUCUGACUGCAGAGCAAUACGUCCUCAAGGAGAGCCAGGCUGGUAAGACCAUCUGCCUGAGUGGCUUCAUGGGCCUGGACAUCCCCGCCCCCGCCGGGCCGCUGUGGAUCCUGGGAGAUGUAUUCAUUGGCCAAUACUACACUGUGUUCGACCGUGACAACAACAGGGUGGGCUUCGCUAAGUCCAAGUAGAACUACAACCAUGGCUACGUCCUCAUUCUCCACUAUCCAUCAUCUACCCUUCUCCUGAAGUGUACACUUGUUCUGCACACUACUUGUCYUGGAUUUGGAGAAUUGGGAAGCAGUCAAUGUUUUAGGACAAUGUUUUGCYGUACGUUUAAAGUGGAUMAAGAUUUUAGACAGGCAAAAUCAAA